GUUAUGUCAGUGCUAAGUUUUGGUCGGCCAGGCAACUGUGACUGGACGCCGCUGAGAAAGCGACCGAGGGAAGUUUGGAUCGGCGUGGAUCGUCGCGGGGAGAGAGGAUGAGUCACCCCGUCUGAGGAAGCUUCACCCUGCAACCACUGUUGGGCAGAGCGCUGAAACGUUUCAACUCGCGCGUCUCGGUGAAGUGGGAAGAAACAAAGCGUCGUGAGAUACGGGAGAAUUCGUGACGCGCGAUUACCAUGGAAACAGCAUCGCUUCUGCGCUGAGGGGAGUCUGCGUUCACCUCGUCGCUGGGCUCUGACACUGCCUUUCGGAUAGUUGUCUGCGAUCACUUGUUAUAGAGACAUUCAUUAAAACAGGUGAGAAUGCCAGAGAUUCAACGAGAGAAACGGUUCCACAACUUAACCCUUGAGCAGCUUCACGCUCUGCACAAAGUCCUGACCGAGGUGAUCCCAAUCCAUGGACGUGGCAACUUUCCGACACUCCAGGUGAGAGCUAAAGAUAUAAUUCGUCUGGUGAAGGAUCGCCUCAUGGAGCGAGACAUCCAUGUGAAAGACAUCCGUCUCAACGGUGCCACCGCCAGCCACGUCCUCGUGAGGGACAGUGGUCUCAGCUCGGGAGACUUAGACAUCAUUUUCGGAGUAGAGCUUCCCCGGCAGGAGGAUUUCCAGGUCAUCAAAGAGGUCGUGCUCAGCAGCCUGAGGGACCUGCUGCCUUGUGGUGUCAACCGCCGGAAGAUUACUUGCCUGACCAUGAAGGAGGCGUACGUACAGAAGAUGGUCAAAGUUUUCAAUGAGCACGACAAGUGGAGUCUCAUCUCUCUGUCAAACAACCGUGCUAAAACCGUGGCGCUAAGGUUCGUCAGCACCCUCCGCAGGCAGUUUGAGUUCAGUGUGGAUUCUUUCCAAAUUAUCCUGAAUCGUAUGCUGGAGUCCUACUGGGAGUCUGAGAGGAGACAAAUCAGAGGUUUGUCCUUAAAUUCUCAAAAUGAUUCACAAAGGAAUAAUGAUGACAAAAAGCACCAGCACUCAAAGGACACUCAGGUUUCUGAAGAAACCAAGGAGGAGGCUUCCAAGGAGAGAGUUGACGAGACAGAGAAAGUGCUUGAAGAUGAAGAAGUGGAGCGUGAACAUGGAAAUAAAGAGGAGGCUUCAGACCCUGAAGAUAUUAGCUCAAAGCUUACAUCCAAGUCAGACGUGGUGGAAGAGCAGUCAGAGAAAAUUGUUUUUGAGGUUUGCCGGGAGGAGAAAGGACAGUUUAAUGAGCGCUAUCUUUUAGUUUCAAAUGCAAACCCUUUAUUUACAGAUUCAAUGAUGAAGAAAGUCAGUCUGAAGCUUGAGGGAACAGAAGACUCGGACUCUUCACAAGUGCCCAUCGGAGAGCAAACGGAGGCUUCACAGCAAGAAGGUGGCGGUGAAGAACAAGCCAAGUUCUCUUCAACUUGCAAGACUGAAACUGACACCUGUCUGCAAGAUCUUGAUAGUCUUGAGUUUUCUUCUCCUCCACCAGCGAAGAAGACCUGCACCACAUCACAUAAGGUCAUCCCAGGCCGCUGUCCCUCUCCCAAACUGCAACGGAAAAUGUCACGGAAGUGCAUCAUUAAACCACAGGCACUGGAGAAAUGGUCUUUACUGAGCGACCUGUCCGACCUCACCACGCAGAUGUUUCCUCCAAUAGAUGUACCCAAACAACUUCAACCAAAGCCUUCCUCAGUGGACCCCCCUCAGAAUAGCUCGGACCUCAGCCAGGAGGACUCAUUGGAUGUUCCUAAAAUUUCAAGCAUUCCAAAUGGGACAGCAUUAAAUGUCACCACCCAGCCACAGGGUAAGAUGAGGUCCGCGAAGGGGCUGGAAGAGUCAGUCCGACAUUCUCAAUGCGACGUCCCGGACUUGACUGAGAGUGUGAUGAAUGGCUGCGGGUCAAGCUCCUGGGCUGAGGUGGCAGAGGUGUCUGCAAUCACUGUUGAAGCUGAGUGCAUGUAUGGGGACUUCGACCAGGCGAUGGACCACCUUCGCCACCGCCUCAUUGCCACCCACCACCCAGAGGAGAUCCGAGGAGGGGGCCUUCUGAAAUACAGUGACCUGCUGGUAAGGAACUUCAGGCCAGCCAGUGAGACAGAAAUCAAGUCUCUGGAGCGGUACAUGUGCUCCCGCUUCUUCAUAGACUUCCCAGACGUGGGCGAGCAGCAGCGGAAGAUCGAGGCCUAUCUGCAGUGUCACUUCACAGGCAGUGAGGAGGCCAGCAAGUACGACUACCUGAUGACUCUACGGCGCGUGAUUGACGAAAGCACCGUGUGCUUGAUGGGACAUGAGCGGAGGCAAACGCUGAACAUGAUCACGGUCCUGGCUCUGAGGGUACUGGGCGAGCAGAACGCCAUCCCCAACACUGCCAACGUCACCUGCUUCUACCAGCCGGCACCAUAUGUGUCAGAGCCCAUCUACAGCAGCUUCUUCGUGAGCCAGCCACAACCCCCGCUGGUCUACCACCCGUACCCUCUCCAUGUCCACAUGCAGACUGGCCUGGUGUAGCUGCUCUGGCACGCCCUCCCGGUGGCAUCAAGGCAAGUUUCAGCACAGUGCUCUGGCAACCCUGACGCCCUUAUAUAAGCAGGAGACCACAGACCAGUUUUGCUGAAUGCUUUAAAACCCCUCCUGCUCGCAGCAUGAAAGAGCCCUUUGGUGGUCUUGGACGGGAAGCAUGUCCCCCGACUUCCCAGACAGCUCAGACAGAACUAAUCGAGAAACUUCGUCCAAUGAUGUGACGCCCUGCUCUGUUCCUGUUGACGAGAAUCCUCUAUUGUGUUCCUUCUGUUUUACAGCCUAUUCUUAGCAUUAUAUCACUAGAUUAUAAUCUAGCAACGUGACCUGUGCUAUCUAUAUACGGUGAUAUCAAAGUUGUGUAGACUUGAAUGGUGAUUACCGCGUUGAUAUUUUGUGAAUAUGUGGUGUCCUACUGAAACACACAUACUGUGGUAGUUUGUGAUUAGGAUUGUGUUUGUAAACCUGAAAUACUGCUUACUAGAGUUACAGUGGCAGAUUGGCUCAUGUGCAACUUGAUAGUACAAGUGUCGUUCUGAAGGAAAAUCUGAAAAAAAGGUUUUGUUUUUUUUUGUUUUUGUUUUUUUUUUACGAAGAAGAAUUCGAGAACCUGUGUGUGCCUUCGAAUGCUGAGUUAACAGAGUCAUGUGCGGUAGAUGUUUUGGUGUUCAAAAUGAGGCUGAACUUCUUGCAUUCGAAACAAUAACUGUGUUAAACAUCAAGACAUUUCUUUAGAUUCACUUGACCGCUCACCUGUAAUGAAAAACAUUUAGUAUUUAACAAUCAAUUGAAAUGGCUGGAGUGAAAAACAGUAGAACUACUUUAAGGAAACCAAUGAUAGUUUUCCCUUGACAAAUCGAAAAUCUAAAAAUUAAAUAAUUGUAUUAUAUAUUUAGAAUUAUUUUUAAAUAUUAUUAUAUAAUUUUGAGAUUGAUGAAAAUUCAGUGCAAACAUUGUUAAAUAUUCAAUGUUCUCACAAAUCUCACAUUUCGCCUUUACAUUUAGGGAAACCAAGAGCCAACUACAUAUUGAAUUUAAUAACUUUGAAUGACCUCAGGGCACAUAUUUUUCAACAACAUUCAGUCAUUGAAAACUGAAACUUAACUUAAAGAAAAGAAAAGCUGCAAUGCCUCCUUGUAUUGGCUUCACUACACAACCUCUAGCAAUUUGCCAACCUUGCCAAAACAAAUGCAUGUCCACCUGUAAUACAGUUCUUGUCAUUAAAUGGUAAUAAAGUGGGCUGUCAAUAGACACAAUACAAUUUUAGACCUCAAUUAAUUGCUGAGCUGAGUUAACUCGCGAUUAAUGGCAAAUUAGUCACAUAUUUUCUAUCUGUUCUUAAUGUAAUUUAAAUGACGAUUUUAUCAACACAAGAGUGGCCGAUACAUAUUUACAAUGUUAUGCUUUUUGCAUGUUUCUGAGUGUUUUCAGUGCCUCUGAUAUACUUCUUCCUUUAAGUUACAUUUAGAACAGAUACAAAAUGUGUGAUUAAUCAGCCAUUAAUUGUGACUUAACUCAGCUGAUGGGAACAGGGACCGAAGCAUCGGCUUGAUGUUGAGUGUCCAUGUUCACGUUCAAGAGCAUGAUAGUCACAACCUGUGCAUGAUUGUUCUUUUCAAUCAGGUGAGGAAGCAGCACAAAAAUAAUGAGCAUGUUUAGUUGUUAUUAUCAUUUAUUAGUCUAUACUCACCUGGGAAUGUGGCUCAACAGGCAAUUUCACUGAAGAACAAGAAAAUGAUCAAAACCAUAAAAACGUCUUCCAUCGUAUGUUCAGCACGCCAUCAAAAUUUCAGUUACAUUUAAAAAAAAAUACAGACAUUUCUUGACUCAUGAUUCAUGAUACCCAUCAAUAUUUAAUCCCUCCAAAUAUAAUUUUAAAGUUAGUGUAACAAAAGCUGUGGAAGUAAAACUUGUUUUUGAGGCAAAGUGCAUUGUAGAAUUAAAAGCAGUAUGAGCCAAAAAAAGUCUUGAUUUACAAGUGAAAUGUCAAACAACAAAACUACUUCCAUUGAAUAAAAUAAUACUUCCUAAUAAUGAGAGAGUGAUUGUGAAGUCAGGAUACCGCAGCCGAAAACACACAUCCAACACACAUCACCCUCAUUCACAUCAGUUGCUGACAUCACCAAAUGCGCCAUUUUGACAAUAACAUAAUUACUAUAACAAAUCUGUCUUCUUGUUUAGAGUGUUUUCAUGUCUCUAUUUCAACCACUGUGACUGAAGCACAAUGUCAGGUGUCGUCUCGUGAUUUCUAAAAUACUGAGCCCAGAUGUGACACGUGGCUCUUGUGAAGAUGUGCGGUGUUCUUGUGAAAGCCGUGUUUAGAAGUCGUGCUGUUGAUGUGUUUGUGA